UUUUCCCGUAUGAAUCGGUGGUUAGACUGGGGUGCUCACUGGUUUGACUAUUACUCGUAAACUGAGACUCAGGAGUUUGCUAAGUUUCAAAACUGGUAUUGGCGCCAUGAUGGAGGUGGAGUGCAUUUAUGAUCUGGCAAAGGUGUGAACCUCGCAGCAAGGAGUCAACACAAACACAGUCAGCGGGAGAGAAGAAUGGCUCGGAAUGUUGACUGCGACCUGGGCCACCCACUCAUGGAAGCUGGACUGGAGAGCCCAGCAGAUGAGGAAGGUGUUCAUGACUCAUUCCACCAGCUAAUAGCAGAGCAGAUUCACAACGGAGGCCUGGGCGAAGCCUUUGAACUACAGCAACUACAGAAAGAACUGGAUGAGGAGAGCCGAGACUGUGUGGCCCAGCUGUCCAGCCCUGGAUCAGAGCGCAGUGAGCGGAGACUGUUGGGAAUGCAGCAUGAUGAAAGAGAACCUGACCCUUUCACUGGUGAACGUUGGUCUUCAGACACCUUGAAGAUCUUGUCCUCCAUGCCCAGCCGCACCAUCGGCCGCAGCAGGGGAGCCAUCAUCUCUCAGUACUACAACAGGACCAUGCAGCUUCGGAGGCGCAAGCAGAGCAGGCCCUCAAUCCAAGACUUCUCACGCUCGGCUAGACCGACCAUACGAGGUUACGGCAUCGAGACAGACAGUACAGACGCAGAUGUAAAUAAAAGGGAUCGUCUGGUGAAUAACUUGCAGAACCUCUCCGUAAGCGACAGAGUCAGGAUGCUCCGGGCUAUGCCUCUCAGUGUAGCAGAAAAGAGUGAACUCAGAAGGUUAGCUUCGCAAAAGGAGAGACGCACUCUGUCUGGCAAUCAGAUCCCCUGCUGCAGCCGACUCAAAUAUUAUGUCAUCAUUGCCGCAAGACAGAGUUGGUACAGUUGGCUGUCUUUCGUGCACUCCCUCCAGCUGUGGCAAGUUGCACUCAAGCGAGUGAGCGGUCGUUUUGGCAGCGGGGUCCUGUCCUACUUCCUGUUUCUCAAGACUCUACUCUUCUUCAACCUCUUCCUCUUUCUACUGAUCGGUUUGUUCGUAGUGCUUCCUCAGGCAGUGCACCCUCCAGCUCUGUCCGAGGGCAGACACUCUUUCACUGGACUGGAGCUUUUUACCGGAGCAGGAUAUUUCUCGGACACAGUGAUGUACUACGGGUACUACUGUAACUACACACUGCGUAUGAACUGCAGAAAUGAAAAUGGAGGGCAAUAUGCAUCCGUCUCCAUUGGAACCAGUUCGGACUGCACGUUGAAGCAUCUGCCUUACAAGAUGCCACUUGCCUAUUUCUUCACUAUAGGCAUGGCUUUCUUUGUCACAUGUAUCAUCCUUGUUUACAGCAUGUCAAAGUCAUUUGGUCGAAGCUUCCGAAUUGACAAAUCUCAUAGCAUCCUGGCCAUGAAAGCCUUCUGCUCCUGGGACUUCAAGGUCAUCAAGAAAUCUUCCGUUAAACUCAUGUCUGAGAAUAUCUGCACCCAGCUCAAGGAGCUGCUAGCAGAGGUGAAUCAUAAACACUCCACAAAAACACUGUACCAGAAGCUGUGGCGAGUGGCGGUCCACUGUCUGGCGUGGACUAUAUGUGUAGCGAGCACCACCGCUUGUGUGCUCUCCAUCUACUUCUUCUCUGAACACAUGCACCAGAACCUCCAGCAAAGUUCUCGCAGUGUGACCAAGGACCCCUUGCUGAAUGAGGCCAGCCUCCUGGCUCUCCCCGUGGUAGUGUCCUGUAUCAACUUGCUGCUGCCUAUUAUGUUCAACCUGGCUGCCUGGAUGGAGGACUAUGAGUCACCUUCCCUCCGCACAUACGUUGCCAUUGGCAGAAACUUGAUGUUAAAAGUGAGUGUGCUUGGAGUACUUUGCUACCAUUGGCUCGGUCGAGUGGCUGCUGAUCCAAACAGUAUUGGCCUCAAGUGCUGGGAGAGUUUUGUUGGUCAAGAACUUUAUCGCUUCCUGUUAAUGGAUUUCAUUUUUACUCUUCUCGACAUCUUGUUUGGAGAGUUCCUUUGGAGGUUGUUUUCAGAGAAGGUGCUGAAGAAGAACAGGAAACCAGUGUUUGAUAUUGCCAAGAAUGUCCUCGAUCUCAUCUAUGGGCAAACACUGGCCUGGCUUGGUGUUCUCUUCACUCCUCUGCUGCCUGCGGUGCAGAUACUGAAACUUCUGCUGCUUUUUUACAUUAAAAAGAGCAGUGUGAUGAUGAACUGUCAGGCCCCCAGUAGGCCAUACAGAGUAAGCCAGAUGACCACCAUCUUCAUCACUCUACUCUGCUUCCCCUCCUUCCUCGGGGCCUCUGUGUGUGUCACCUACACCAUGUGGAGUAUCAAGCCCUCCUCGUCAUGUGGUCCCUUUCGUGAUCUCAAAACAAUGUUUCAGGCUGGAAAGCGUUGGGUGGAGGAUCUAGAAAAGGAAAACCCCAAUUUAUCAAUGCUGGCCAGGGCUCACUCCUAUCUGGUGGAGAACCCGUUCUUCCUGUUUGUGGGAGCAGGCAUCUUCUUGAUCGUCAUCUAUUUCCACAGUCAAGUGGUGGAUGGUCAAAGGAAGAUCAUCGGCCUACUACAAGAGCAGAUCGAGAAUGAAGGAGAAGACAAGAAGUUUCUCAUCACUCGCCUGCAGUCCAUCCAUGAGCAGAGACGAACCCCCACUCGGAGGCUCACAAGCCAGGGUUCUGCCUACUGAGACACCAACUACUGUAAUCAAGCAGGCAAGCUUCCUUCAAACCUGAAGGCCUUUUAACUGGAAAAAUCACUUGACAAGGGUAGUGGAAUCUGACCAAAAUUCAAAAGUGUAAAGCAUUUGUUAAACUGAACAUCGGCUUAUUUGAUGAGGACAGGCUCUCUGGGGAAAAGGAAAUUGAAACAAAGCUUUCAGGAUAGGUAAAAUACCUGAACUCACAUGCUAGUAAGUCAAAGUAAUGGACUGUAUAAGUGAUCAGGUAACUGAUUUAUUAAUUUGUUUGAAAAAAAAACUUGUAGGUGCACUUUCAUAUGUACUGUGAACUGUUUUUACUAUUAUUAUUUUAGCUCUUGUGUGAAAAAUAUACAGUGCUCUUUUUUUACGUUAUGGUAUAAUUUUACAAGUGUGUGUGAUGUAGGCAACUGGAUUAUCUUUUGUCAUUUGUAUGUUUUUAGAGUUAUAAUUCUUUAGUUAUAUGCAUCCAAAUUAAAUUAUAUUUUAUACACA